AGAAACUAUAGUGACACUGAAACUGAAGGAGAGAUUUUUAAUUCUUUAGUGCAAUAUUUUGGUGAUAAUUUGGGGCGAAAAGUUAAAGCUAUGCCAUUAGUUGAAGAAAUAUCUUUACUUGAAGAUUCAUCAGUGACUUUGCCUGUGGUAAUAAUAGGAAAUGGACCUUCAGGAAUAUGCCUUUCUUAUAUGUUAUCAGGCUACAGACCAUAUUUAUCAUCAGAAGCAAUACACCCAAAUACAGUCUUACAUAGUAAAUUAGAAGAAGCAAGACAUCUUUCCAUUGUUGAUCAGGACUUAGAAUACUUGUCUGAGGGCCUUGAGGGCCGAUCCUCCAAUCCAGUUGCAGUACUUUUUGACACACUUCUUCAUCCAGAUGCUGACUUUGGAUAUGAUUAUCCAUCUGUUUUGCAUUGGAAAUUAGAACAACAUCAUUAUAUCCCUCACUUAGUUCUUGGUAAAGGUCCACCUGGUGGGGCUUGGCAUAAUAUGGAAGGCUCCAUGUUGACAAUCAGCUUUGGAAAUUGGAUGGAGCUACCUGGACUUAAAUUUAAGGACUGGGUGUCCAGCAAACGAAGGAACCUAAAAGGGGAUCGAGUUAUGCCAGAGGAAAUAGCUCGCUACUAUAAACAUUAUGUAAAAGUCAUGGGUCUUCAGAAGAAUUUCAGAGAGAAUACUUACAUAACUUCUGUAUCAAGACUCUACAGAGAUCAAGAUGAUGAUGAUAGUCAAGACAGAGAUAUUUCAACAAAGCAUUUGCAGAUAGAGAAGUCAAAAUUUAUCAAGAGAAACUGGGAAAUCAGGGGUUAUCAGCGAAUAGCAGAUGGUUCUCAUGUUCCCUUCUGUCUUUUUGCUGAGAAUGUAGCUCUGGCAACUGGAACAUUGGAUUCUCCUGCUCAUCUGGAAAUCGAAGGGGAAGAUUUUCCAUUUGUGUUUCAUUCAAUGCCUGAAUUUGGAGCUGCUAUAAGCAAAGGAAAGUUGCGUGGCAAAGUGGACCCAGUGUUAAUUGUAGGUUCUGGGCUUACUGCGGCUGAUGCAGUACUGUGUGCUUACAACAAUAACAUCCCUGUGAUACAUGUAUUUCGCAGACGAGUAACUGAUCCAAGCUUAAUUUUCAAACAGCUUCCCAAAAAGCUUUAUCCUGAAUAUCAUAAAGUCUAUCAUAUGAUGUGUACUCAAUCAUAUUCUGUAAACUCAAAUCUUUUAUCUGAUUAUACCAGUUUUCCUGAGCACCAUGUGCUUUCCUUUAAGUCGGACAUGAAAUGUAUUCUUCAAAGCAUCUCUGGAUUGAAGAAAAUAUUUAAGCUUUCUGCAGCAGUAGUAUUGAUAGGUUCUCAUCCUAAUCUGUCUUUUCUGAAGGAACAAGGAUGUUACCUAGGCCAUAAGUCGAGUCAGCCAAUCACAUGUAAGGGCAAUCCCGUGGAAAUAGAUACAUAUACCUAUGAGUGUGUUAAAGAAGCCAACCUUUUUGCAUUGGGUCCUUUGGUUGGAGACAAUUUUGUUCGAUUUUUAAAGGGAGGGGCAUUGGGUGUUACACGCUGUUUAACUAUAAGACAGAAGAAAAAGCAGCAUUUAUUUGUUGAAAGAGGAGGAGGAGAUGGGAUAGCUUAAAGCAAGUUUACAAGAAAUUAAAUGGACAGUCUGCCAUUAAAGAUUUUUAAUAGUGGU